AUUUUAAAUUCAUUUACGGCAUUCAAUCAACCAUAAGAAAGAGAAGUUAUCUUGACCGGAUUCAGUUCAGGCCUCUGUGAGACAUGGAUCAAACACCUUCUACAAGAGACUUCAGUCCCUUAUACCCUCCCCUUUUUUUACUUCUGCCUGUUAUCUUUAUCAUCAUCAAGCACAUUAGCUCUCUAUCUUCAAAGCGUCGGCCUCUUCCUCCGGGUCCCAGGCCAUGGCCUAUAAUAGGCAACAUUUUCCAUCUAGAGAAAAAGCUGCACAUCUCAAUGACACGCCUUGCCAAAGUUCAUGGCCCUCUAAUUUCAUUAAGGCUCGGAACUCAACUCGUUGUUGUUGGCUCUUCUCCUGCUGCAGCAACUGAAAUUCUGAAAAAUCACGAUCGUUUGCUUUCUGCUAGAUGGCAAAUUAAAGUGCUUCCCCACAAAAGCCAUGUACUUGAACGUAUAUCGGUUAUUUGGAACCCCACAUGCAAUGACCAGUGGAAGUCCUUACGAGCCUUGUUCAGGACUGAGCUUUUCUCCGCCAAAGCAAUUGAAUCACAAGCCACUUUGAGGGAGAAGAAAUCGUCGGAGAUGGUGAAAUUUUUGACUACCCAACAAGGAAAAGUAAUCAAUAUUGGAGAAAUUGUGUUUGCUACUAUUUUUAAUACAAUUUCUAAUCUGUUAUUCUCCAAGGACAUGAUUGGUUUGGAAGAUCAAGGGUUGGCUGGUGGAUUGAAAAGCCUGGUAACGAGGAUGGUGGAGUUGGGCGCUACUCCAAAUAUAGCUGAUUUUUAUCCCAUCUUAGAGGGGUUGGAUCCUCAGCGUCUAAGAAGAAAGAUGUCUGAGUGCAUUGAAAAAAUGUUUGGUUUAUGGGAAAUUUACAUCAGGGAAAGAAGAGAAAAGCAUGUCAAGGAUGCUCCCAAAACAGAUUUCUUGGAUGUUUUUCUGUCCAAUGGAUUCGAUGACGAUCUAAUCAAUUGGUUGUUUGUUGAAUUGUUUAAUGCAGGGGCAGAAACUACUUCCACAACAAUAGAGUGGGCAAUGGCUGAGAUUCUCAAGAACAAACGAGUCAUGGUAAAAGUUGAGGAAGAGCUAGACAGGGUAAUCAACAGAGGCCCAAUGCAUGAAUCUGAAGUUUCUCAACUUCCAUAUUUAAAUGCACUUUUAAAGGAAACGAUGAGAUUACAUCCAGCUGCUCCAUUCCUCCUUCCACAUCGAGCUCUUGAGACUUGUGAAGUUAUGAAUUAUACAAUUCCAAAAGAUGCUCAAGUAUUUGUCAAUGUUUGGGCAAUUGGACGCGAUCCUACAGUUUGGGAAGAGCCUUUGUCAUUUAAACCAGAAAGAUUUCUCGGAUCAAGUUUAGACUUGAAAGGUCAAGAUUUUGAGCUAAUACCUUUUGGUUCAGGAAGGCGAAUUUGUCCAGGACUACCUAUGGCUACAAGGCAAAUUCCCUUGAUUUUAGCCCAUUUAAUACAUUACUUUGAUUGGUCUCUUGAAAAUGGCGAAGAUCCAGCAACCUUAGACAUGAAUGAUAAAUUUGGCUUAACACUGCAGAAGGAAAAACCUCUACGCAUUAUUCCCAAAAAGAAAUUUUAAAUUCAAGGUUGCCUUUCAACUUUUGUUCCAUUUUGUAUGCGCAUAUUAUAAUAAAAGCUUUCUUUCAUGAC